GCGCCUCAGGCCGCCAUGGCCCCCGCUUCCCGCUCCCGCAGCCCCGAGGAGGCCCCGAGCUCCCGGAGGCGGCGGCGGGGCGGGGGCGGCGGGUCCCCGGAGGGCCCCCCGCCGCCCAAGGCCGGCCGCUCCCCGCGGGCCCGGAGCUCCCGCUCCCCCGCGCUCCGCGGCGCCUCGUCGUCCUCCUCCCCCCCCCCGCACGGCGGCGGGGGCGGGGGCGGGGGCGGCCAUCACCACCAUUACUACCACCACCAUCACCAUCACCACCAGGGCUGCGGGCCCGGCCCGCCGUGGCCGGACUACUACGAGAAGGAGAAGGAGGAGAGCCUCCGGCAGAGGAGAUUAAAUGAAAGAGAGAGAAUUGGAGAAUUAGGAGCACCCGAAGUUUGGGGACUUUCUCCAAAGGUUCCUGACCCAGAUUCUGAUGAACAUACCCCCGCAGAAGACGAAGAAGCAAAAUCUAAGAAAAGCAGCAGUUCAGAUUCCAGCACGGAAGAAGAUAAAAAGAAGAAAAAGAAGAAGAAAGGUAGUCACUCAAAAGAAAACUCUAAAAGGAAAAGAAAGAAAAAAGCAUCCAAAAGAAAACACAAAAAGCAUUCCGAGGACAGUGAUUCAGACACAGAUACAGACUCCAGUGAUGAAGACAAUAAAAAGAAAGCUAAGAAAACAAAGAAAAAGGAGAAGAAACACAGAUCAAAGAAAUCCAAGAAAAAGAAGACUAAGAAGAGUAGGAGAGAAUCUAGUGAUUCAAGCAGUAAAGAUUCUGAGGAAGAGUUCCAGGGAGAGGAUCUCUGGAUUGAGCGUUCCAAAAAUGCAGAAGCCGUGGAUCUAAUUGGACCAGAAGCUCCUAUAACACAUGCCUCUCAAGAUGAUAGACCUUUGAACUACGGCCACGCUCUGCUGCCGGGUGAAGGUGCAGCCAUGGCCGAGUACGUGAAGGCUGGAAAGCGCAUCCCCCGGAGAGGUGAAAUCGGACUGACGAGUGAAGAGAUUGCAUCGUUUGAGUGCUCCGGCUAUGUGAUGAGUGGCAGCAGGCAUCGCCGAAUGGAGGCUGUGCGUCUACGUAAAGAGAACCAGAUCUACAGUGCUGACGAGAAGAGAGCCUUAGCAUCCUUCAACCAAGAGGAGAGACGGAAGAGAGAAAACAAGAUCCUAGCUAGCUUCAGAGAGAUGGUGUACAGAAAAACCAAGGGGAAGGAGGAGAAAUGAAGACUUGCUGAGUUGUACAGGACAGAUUUAAAUAUCCCUCUUUUCUUGUAAUAUAAAAUAGCUUUCCUCCUUUUACUGAAAUCUUUUUUUGUUGUAUAAGAAAACAUUAUAGUGCUGUUGUGCCUUCUA